AUGAUGAUGAUGGCAGCGCCCUGAGAGGAUUCCUGCUUCAUCCUCGGCUUUUCCAUGACAUUAUUGUGAGGCAGCGUGAUUCCUUGGACGGGAGGCGGCGGGGGUCUGGCGGUCUCCCCCCCCACCCCCUCCGGAGAGAGGGCAGCAGAGGGAGGGCGAUGGCCGCCGGAGGAGCAGCGGGAUGCGGGGAGGCGGCGGAGCGCUGCCGCGCCGAGGUGGAGCGGCUGAGCCGGGAGCUGGCCGAGGCCAACCGGGAGAAGGUCCGCGCCGCGGAGUGCGGGCUGGUGGUGCUGGAGGAGAACCAGAGCCUGAAGCAGCAGUACGCGGAGCUGGAGGCCGAGCAGGAGGCGCUCCGGCUGGAGCUGGAGCAGCUGCAGGAGGCGUUCGGUCAGGCUUACUCCACCCAGCGUAAAGUAGCCGCGGAUGGGGAGAGCAACGAGGAGACGCUGCUGCAGGAGUCGGCCAACAAGGAGGCGUACUACAUGGGCCGUCUGCUGGAGCUGCAGUCGGAGCUGAAGCACAGCCGGGCCACGGCUUCCAACGCCCAGGCCGACAACGAGCACCUGAGCACGCUGCUGCAGGAACUCAGGGAGAGUAACGAGAUGUUGGAGCUGCAGCGGAGCCGGAUGCGGGAGGAGGUCCGGGAGUACAAGUUCCGGGAGUCCCGGCUUCUCCAGGACUACACGGAGCUGGAGGAGGAGAACAUCUCUCUGCAGAAGCUGGUGUCGUCGCUCAGACAGAGCCAGGUGGAGUAUGAAGGUCUGAAACAUGAGAUCAAGGUCCUGGAGGAGGAGACGGAGCUGCUGAACAGCCAGCUGCAGGAGGCGCUGCGUCUGAAGGACAUGUCCUACGCUCAGCUGGAGGAGGCGCUGGAGUCUCUGAAGAGCGAGCGCGAGCAGAAGAACCACCUGCGCCGGGAGCUAGUCCACCACCUCAGCAUCUGUGACGUGGCCUACACCGGCAGCGCUCACCUGAUGUUCAGCUCCGCCCCCCCCAGCGGCACGGCCACGCCCACCACGCUGCUGUCCCCCAGCUCGGAGGAGGCCAUGAGGUGUAACGGUCACCUGCAGGGCGUCUCGUCUGCGGGCUCGGCCGUGGGGAUGGUGUCCAGGUCUAAUGGAGAGUGCCGGGGGCCCGGGCGGAAGGCCGAGGCCGCCCUGGCCGGGGACCUCUUCAGUGAGAUGAACAUGACGGAGGUGCAGAAGCUGAAGCAGCAGCUGAUGACGGUUGAGCGUGAGAAAGCGGCUCUGAUGAUGAGUCUGCAGGAGUCCCACUCUCAGCUCCAGCACACAGAGGGAGCUCUGAGCGAGCAGCAUGAGAAGGUCCUCCGCCUCACCCAGAAGGUCACGGUCUUACGGCGCCAGCACCAAAACGAGAACCAGGAGGCCCGCGGCAGCAGCAGCUGUCAGCCCGACUCCGGGACCCCCAUGCAGCUGGACAGAGAAGAAGAGGAGGCUGAGAAAGACGAAGACCCUGAAGACAGUAAGACUGAGACGCUGAGUAAGAGUCACGUGUUUUCAUACCAAACUCCUGGCCUGGAAAUCCUUCAGUGCAAAUAUCGAGUAGCUGUAACGGAGGUGGUGGAGCUGAAAGCAGAGGUGAAACUCCUCCGGGAGAAGCUGGCUCACUGUGAGGAGGGAGCGUUGGAGGCCAAGCCUCACAGAUACAGCCAGCUGCAGAAGCAGGUCUCCUCCUUGGAGAAGAGCGUCCGGGAGGGCCGGCACAAGAUCUCUACCCUGGAGUUGGAACUGCAGGCUGCUCAGUCAGUAGGCAGCGAGAGCCAUGGGGCGUUGAACGCUGCUCAGGAAGAGCUGGUAAAUCUGAGUGAGGAGCUGGCCCAGCUCUAUCACCACGUCUGCCUGUGCAACAAUGAGACGCCCAACCGGGUCAUGCUGGACUACUACAGACAAGGCCGGGGGCUCCGGGGCCUCAGUGCCUGUCUCAAAGCCAUGUCCUCAGAUAACAGCAAAGUUCUCCUCACACCACGCCUGGCCAGGCGACUGGCUGCUGCAGUCACCUCUUCAGCCUCCUCUCCUGCGGAGUCGCGGAGCCCCUCCGAGUCUCCGUCCAAAGAGCCUCUGUCUGGGGGGGGCACCAGGGAGGGGAAGGAAGCGGCUGCCUCGGAGCAAAGUCAGCAGCCGUGCACGCCUCCCACCCGCUCACCCAGCAUCAGUGCCUCUUCAUCGUCAUCCUCAUCAUCAUCGCCUGCUCUGGAGCCCCCUGGGGACCUGCGCAGGGAGCCCCUGAACAUCUACAACCUCAACGCCAUCGUCAGAGACCAGGUGAAGCACCUCCAGCGGGCGGUGGACAGGUCCUUGCAGUUGUCUAGACAGAGAGCUGCAGCCAGGGAGCUGGCGCCGCUGCUGGACAAGGACAAGGAGAGCUGCAUGGAGGAGAUCCUGAAGCUCAAGGCCUUACUGAGCACCAAGAGGGAGCAGAUAGCUACUCUCAGAGUGGUGCUCAAGGCCAACAAACAGACAGCAGAGGGGGCACUCUUAAACCUGAAGAGCAAGUACGACGCAGAGAAGUCCAUGGUGACAGACACCAUGACCAAGCUGAGGAAUGAGCUAAAGGCCCUGAAGGAGGACGCCGCCACCUUCUCAUCUCUGCGAGCCAUGUUUGCCACCAGGUGUGACGAAUACAUGACACAGCUAGACGAGAUGCAGCGGCAGCUGGCUGCAGCCGAGGACGAGAAGAAGACUCUGAACUCUCUCCUGCGCAUGGCCAUUCAGCAGAAACUGGCCCUCACCCAGCGCCUUGAGGACUUGGCUUUUGACCAAGAGCAGUCGCAUCGCACCAGGGGGGGCAGGCUGACCCGCGCGAGGACCAGCACCCCCAAAGUAAGUUCCUCAGCCUCAGCUUCGGCCAGCCACCUAGCUCCGAGCUCCACGUCGUCGUCGGUGCCUGGCAUCCUCCCCCCUUCCAACCUCACGAGUCCCAUGUCGGUUUUUUUUGACGAAUCCACCCCCCUCAGUGCAGCCGCUGCAGUUUUGGCCUCUGUUCUCACCUCUCCGACCUCGCAAAAACCCACUCGCAGUCCCUCAUCACCGUCAUUAGCCUCGCUGUCCGGCCCCGGGGCACCGGAGAGUCCUCCGUCUCUGGAGGCCCCGUCCUCUCCAUCUACGCAGACCCCACCUUCCACCCCUCUGAGGCUGGCUCACUCCCAAUGGACCCUUGGGUUGCGGACGUUUGUGGUUGAGCCCCACAGUUUCUCGCCGGCGCUGCCUCGUAGCUCAUGUCUACCCAGACCCCACCCCUCAGACACCCCUCCCACCACCCGGCCCUCCCAGCCGGGAUCUGCCCCUUCCUCCCCCUACCGUUCCUCGGUUCUCGGGCUUAGGCGCUCGGCUUGGACUCCGUCUCCCCGAACUCGACCCCUGUCCGGCAUGACGCGCUCCUCCGUCCUCCACACUCCUUCCCCAUCCCCGUCGUACUCCUCCGCCUUCUCCCACAGCUAUUCCUCUUCCUACCACAGCUCCACUCCCACCUUCACCCCCUCCCCCUCUUACAACCAUUCCAGCCACUACACCCCCCUCUACCCUAGGUACUACAGUUCCUACCGGCCCUGAGAAUAACACUUAGCAUAAAUCCUUGUACCGUUCGCCCCCUCCUCUCCUCGUUGGGACUAAACCUGCGACUCCCAUCAUCCUUCUCUUCCGUGGCCUGAGAAAGAGGAGGCUCACAGAGAGGACACACUGGUUUCCUGUUUCCCACUUCCUGUUUCCUGUGCCUACGCCUUGGCCGAUGGGUUGUGAAUGUUCAGUGACUUUGCUCAGGGAUUUGACAGAAGGAGCACAAGCGGCCCCGCCUUUCCUUUUAAUCUGAGACUGCUGACCGGUCCACCCGAGGACGUCAUCAGACUUCUUAUUAAGAGUUUUUAGCAUUUAGGUUCUUCAGGUUGAGACCACAUGUGCAUGAAGCAAUUACCAACACCGUCAUCGAGUGAACACUGCUACUGUUUCCUGAGAGUUAUGACACAUUAAAUACUCUCCUCUAUACUCAGUGUCUUAUUCACAUUGUCUAAAAGUAUAUAAUUUACACAAAACACUAAAGCAGAUACAGUCAUAUGCAUAAGUUAAAGCCCUCUCUCCAUAUCUCGUAGGGUUAUGUUUGUGUGUAAUAAAAGUAAAA